AUGUCUGCCACCGUGGAAGCUCCUGUGGCGUCGACGCUGUUCGACUUGGAGCGGCUGGACGUCUACCGUCUACUGCAGCGUGCUCUCGAGAUCGGCCGCUCGGACGCGCGGCGCUUCAGCUCGCCUGAGGAGCUGCUGUCUUCUCGCCUCAGUCCCGAGAUACGCGAGGUAUACGCUGCUCUCUUCAAAGGCGGUUUCAACCGUCACGACCUAGCUGCUCUGGAGCACUCGGGCUAUGUCUUAUUUCUUUGGCCGCUUCUCUCUUUAGACUCUCUUCCGCUGAUCCCCAGCAUAGGCGCAGAGUCACGCGAUGGGUACGAUGCCGUCCGUUUCGCUGCCGUGAUGACAUGCGUUUGGGCUGUCGUCGAGGACCACAGCGAUGGCCGCAGCGACUACGCCGACCUGUUGCGCCAAGUUGCCAAAGAACACCCCGUCGCUUUUGAGUGCGUCUUCUACAACGCCGCGCAGCUUUUCAUGCUGGAGAGUUGGCGCAGCGACCUGUGCGAUACCCGUGAGUGCGACGCCGCUGACCGCCUAACUAUUCUCGAGCUGCGGGCGUUGCUUCGUUUCUUCAUACUGUGUUUUCAGAGCUUCGAGGUCGGGGGGAUCCGGAGGUGCUGCGUGCAGCUGGCGUCGCCGGCGAUCUGGCUGCACAUCCCCGAGGUGGUGCGUGAGAGAAACAUCUAUGCCCACAACCGCCUGGCGCAAGGGCUGUUUCAACGCUCCACCAAGCGCCUGGAGGAACGGUAUGACACGUUGGACGAUGUAAAAGGGCUGCCACUUUUUUCGGGUUUAGAUGGCGUGAGGUCGUUGUACGAGCUCUCCGCAGUGGACGCUGAGGGUCACCGCAAGCUGAACGACCGCGCCCGCUUUUUGCUAAGUCGCGACUUUCUGAACAGCGUGCUCAACCACUUCAUCUACGUUUUGGAGGACGGCAUUGAUCUGGACGCGUUUUCAUCCGCCGACAGCACGGUGCAGGAGCGCGCCAUGCAGCGUCUGAUGCUCUGCGAGAACCACAUGGAGUUUUUGAUCGACCUGCUGAGCCAGUUGAAUACGCGCCGCGUUGUGAAACCGCUGUGCGACGCGAAGCUGAUUCUGGUGCGCUGCAGGCAGACGCCGCUGCACGAGCACCUGGAGGGGUCGUUGUUCAAGAGCAUGCUGCGUAUUCUGAACUUUUACGUGAAGUUCUACAUCGACGAGGAGCUGGGCACGCCUUUGGCGUACGACAAGGUGAUGGAGCACUACUACCAGCGCUUCGAGGCCUUCCAACGCGUGUGCUUCACCAAGUUUGGCAGCGAUGAGGUGCUGAAGGGCGUGCACCUUUUGUCGGCGUUCGAGGUGCACCAGAAGGGCGGUCUGACCGAGCUGCUGUCGCAGUGCAAGUCCAGCGUGCUGGGCAGGCUGGUGUUGGAGCUGGGUCUGUUCGCCGUGGAGGACAACGACAUGGAGUCGCCCCGCCUGAUGCGCCCCGCUGCGGUGAACCUCACCCCUAUAAAGGAGAAGGGGAAGAAGGCGGUGAAGCAAUUCCUGAUAGGCGUUAUAAACGCGCAUCUCGAGCGCCAGGUGGAUUCCGUGGCGUUUUUGAACAGCCUGCCGCUGUACCCUACUGAGGAGCUGUUGUGGAGUUCCAGCGAGCUUCCGAACGCCAACGCGUACAUCCGCAUGUCGUCCCUGGCUUUGAACAAGUUGAACCUGCAGUACCUGACUGUGUUCGACUUUCUGUAUCGCAACUUCAGUUUAUUCCGUUUGGAAAGCGCCUCGCAGAUCAAGUACGACCUGGAGGAGGCGAUCGACUCGUGCUGCCCGCGCGCUUAUUUGGGCCGCGGCGGGUCGAAAUCUGGCCAGCAGCAGCUGGUGGAGACGCGCUUCGAGGGCAGCCACCCGAUGGCCAUCGGUGUGACGUCGUUCACCAUCCGUAACGUGUCGUCCGCCACGGUGCUGCAUUCCGACUCCAGCUUCGUGGACGCCGAGAUCGUGGUUGACACUUCGCUGAUCAAGGAGUUCCAGGUACGGCGUGACUGGCAGCGUUUGAAGCGUUACGACGUGGUGUUCCUGGUGUCAGUCUCCGCGCCCUUGCAGCAGGUGCGUAAGCGGCUCGACGAGUACGAGUCGCCCGAGGAGGUCCCCCUGAACUUGGGCAUCAACCUCGUCCGUGGCGCCGAGAUCUGCCAGGUGCUGGACGAGGAGGGGCACGUCAUUUCUGACUUAAACCCGUACGAGACUCGCACCCCCAUCGGGUUCCGGCUGGUCCUCCGCGUGCGGUUGGACUACAAUCAGUACCUCGAGGACAUUAGCCGCGACCCCAACAUAUACGGCCACAUGAACUUGUUGGUUCGUCGCCCUGCUCGCGUCAACACUUUCAAGGCUGUCCUAGCGUCCCUGCGCCACAUGAUAAACCGCCCUACGGCGUUGCCUGGCUGGCUAAGCGACCUGGUUCUGGGUUUCGGCGCCCCCCUUCAGUGCCAGUACCCGCAGAUGGAGCCGCCGGAAUGGCGUCUCAACCUCCUGAAUACCUGGAAGAGCGUGGGCCACUUCAUGGAGACCAACAGCAGCUUCGUGGUGAAGGCCGCGUUGCUCGGUGACAGCGCUGACGGUUGGGAAGCCCGCGAGGUAUCGGAAUCGGAGCUGUUCGUGCGCCCCCUUCAGGGCAGUGCCCUGACGGGCGCCGAUGGCGCAGCGGUGGCUGCCAAUGUCGCGGGAGAUUUUAACUCGUGGUGCGCACUAUCGCAAUUGGGGCUGCGCGUUGACCCCGCCACCCUUCAGCCGCUGGGCAACGGCCGGUACAUGUUGUCGACCUCCGUUGGCUUUAUGGUGGUGGAGGUAGAUGGCAGCAUGCUGGCAUCCAUGAAUGAAAAGGGCGCUGUGGUCCACGGCCAGCGGUCCGAUCUACGCCUCCCGCCCAAGGUUGCGCUCCUGGUGCCGCGGUUCCAUGUCCCUUCACCCCGGGCCGAGCUGGCGGCGCCGCGCCCCAACAUCGUUUUCACGCCGGCUCAGGUGGAGGCAAUCCGCUCCGGGGUGUCCCCAGGGCUGACUGUGAUCGUUGGACCGCCGGGCACGGGUAAAACCGACUGCGUGUGCCAGAUCGUGGGCAUUCUGUUCCGCAACCUGCCCGAAGAGCGCACGGUCGUGUGCACCCACAGCAACUACGCGCUGAACGACAUUUUCACGAAGCUGGUGCUGAAUGGCCACGUCGACGAGCACCACAUCGUGCGUCUCGGUGGCUCUGAGUUCGAGAUUGAGGGCCUGGGCGACUUUUCUAAAUGGGGCCGCGUGAACUUCAUUCUCCAGCGCCGUCUGGAUAUGCUAGCCCUCGUCAAGAAGCUGGUCGACGCCCUGGAGGUGCCCGGAGACUACAACUUCAGCCUCCAACUUUCGCUUUCGUUCUUCAACUCGAAAGUGCUGCCGCUGCUGCGACACCAGGGGGCGCUCUCCGUAGUUGCCAGCGACCCCGGAGACACGAACCCCACGAACGAAGCCGACCAAGGUGCCGCAGGCGACGCCAGCAGUGAGCUUAAGGAUGUCAACGGUGAGGGCAAAGCCGAAACUUCGCCAGAAGGACGCGCCGACAAGCGCGCGAACAACGUGCCGCGACUGCUGGCAUUGCUCAACGGCUUCUUCAACUCCGAGGUGGAAUUCGCUCCCUCGUUACGUGACCUUUCUACGCGCUGGCAGCAUCUCCAACUCUGCGGCUCUGCGGGAGAUGCGCAGCUGCAUGAGAAGCGCUGCGAGUUCCUCAUGUACAUGUACAGCAUGAUCAAGGAGCUGCAGCCGUUUGAGGUUCUGCGCAACAACCACGACAGGGGCCGCUAUUUGGUGGAGAAGUACGCUCGGCUGGUGGCGAUGACCUGCACCCACGCGUCGCUGGGCCGUGAGACGAUGGAGAGCCUGCGUUACAGCAACCUGGUGAUGGAGGAGGCUGCGCAGGUGUUGGAGGCGGAGACGUUCGCGCUUCUGGCGCACCCGCUGAAACGCGUCAUUCUGAGCGGUGACCACUACCAACUCCCCCCUGUCGUGAACAAUCGCAGUCUGCUCCAGUUCUCCAACAUGCAGCAGUCCCUCUUCCACCGCCUGGUGCGUCUGGACACUCCGCACGUGAUUCUGGACCGCCAGGGCCGUUGCCGCCCCGAGAUCGCUUCGCUGUUCACGCACUUCUACCCCGUGAAGAUCGACAACAUCGACCUGGCGCUGUCGCUGCCCGAAUUCGGCUCCUGCAACCGCGGCUUCGAGCACACCGUGCAGUUCGUUGACUGCGCCGGCUCCGAGUCCGCACCCAUUCCGCACUACUACCAGAACCUGGAGGAGGCCGAGUUUGUGGUGGCUACGUACAUGUACAUGCGUCUGCGCGGCUACCGCAGCGAGAACAUCGUGAUCCUAUGUAUGUACAACGGCCAGAGGGCGCUUAUUGAGGACAUCGUGAAGCACAAGUGCGCGUGGAACCCGCGCAUAAAGGCGCCCCGCGCCAUCGCCACGGCGGACAAGUUCCAGGGACGGCAGUCCGACAUCGUGCUGCUUUCGCUGGUGCGUACCGCCCGCCCCGGGCACCUGCGCGACCCCCGCCGCAUGCUGGUGGCGCUGAGUCGCGCCCGUCUGGGCCUGUACAUCUUCGGCAGCUGGCGGCUGUUCAGGGGCUGCCGGCAGCUGCAGCAAUUCGCGACCCGCCUCGACGCGUACCCCAAGCAGCUGAGGCUGCUACCCGACGACACCGCUGCAAGCGCCGUGUCUGUCAGCCGGUACAGCGAGAUGGAGCCGAUUUUGCAGCAACUGCAGUAA